AUGGUUGGUAUUACCCGCCGGAGCGUGGCCCUCCUGGCGAUUGCCGCCUGCGCAACAACAGCCUUUGCCGCUGAGGGACCCCUGGAUGAGAAUGUACAAGUUAGCUCUGAGGUCGCAGAAGGAAAUCAAACACAGGGCAUCUCCAUGGGCAAAUCUCGCAUGAGCCCCACAUUACUGGCAGGCGCAGCGGCAGGCACAACUGCUCUGAUGGUGCUUGUAGGACUUUUCGGCCUUCGAGUCCUUGGCGCCAAAAUCGUCGAGGCAGAAGCACAGACUGCUGGCACCAAAAUCGCCGAAGAAUUGCUCCGACGUACUGGCAAGUUUACUCUGACUACCCCGUUGUACAGUGCUUUCGCAACGCUUACGUUUGAGGACGGAGCAACGAAGAUAAUCAAGGAGCUUAAGCAAGAAGGCAGGGAGGCAGAAGCCGCCAGAAUUGCCGAGCAGUUCCAGGCAUUCCUUUCCGGGAUACCUAGGGACGGAGCGUACACUCUCCCAGUUGCGUUUGAUGAAUACAAAGUCACGGUUCAUUUGGAGGUGAAGAACAUGCCUCCCCAAGCUCCGGAAAACCCGCCACCGGGGGCUACCCAGCAAUAG